AUGGCCUAUGAUCCGGAGAAAGGCCUUGCAACUGGCCAGCAGCCCACUGAAAAGCACAGGUCACCGGAGGUGAUUUCAGUGGACGAUGCGCCCACUCACGAGACCGGUUUCCUCGCUAGGAUUCGCGCCCUAGAAGCCAGGCUUGAUAAAAAACUCGGGAUAGAGUCUGACGCCAUCGAGCGCAAGCGUGCUGAAGAUAAAAGAGAGGUCCAUUGGGUGGAGGAGAUAUCAAUGGCGGCCCUGUGGGCGAGUAGCACGAUGAACACGUCCUGCUUUGCGACUGGCUUCCUCGGCUGGGAAUUUGGCCUGACGAUGAAACAAUCGAUGCUCAUUUCGAUCUUCACUUCCAUGUUGGCUGCAUCGAUGAGUGGCUUCUGUGCGACCUUUGGCGCUGUGACUGGCUUACGUCAAAUCAGUGUCAGUCGGUACAGCUUUGGUUGGUGGCCUAAUAAGCUGGUUGCCUUGCUGAACGGUAUCCAACAAUUGGGAUGGGCUGCUGUCGCAUGUAUCACUGGAGGUCUUGCAUUGACGGCAGUCUCCGAUGGCCACGUCUCUUUGAUUCUUGGGAUUGUGAUCUUGGCUGUCGUGGCCCUGUUGAUUUCGUGUGUCGGAUUGAAAGCCAUUUUGGUUUACGAGAGAUGGGCCUGGAUGGUCUUUUUGGUCAUUUUCCUGAUCAUCUACGGCGAGACCGGUCAAUAUGCAAACAAUUCGGCCCCGGCUACCGUGACCGGUUCCUCUUUGGCAGGGGCCGUUCUCAGUCUUAUGGCCAUUGUUUACGGAUCCAGUGCCUCGUGGUGCACAAUGGCUAGCGACUACUAUGUCCACUAUCCGGCCAAAACGAGUCGGUUGAAGGUUUUCCUCAUGACAACCUUUGGUAUCUCGAUUCCCACUUCGAUCGGCUUGGUCGCUGGCUGCAUGGUCGCGUCCGCGUUAAACACUAAGCCCGAAUGGUCCGCCGCUUACGACAAAGGGAUUGGCUAUCUCAUUCAAGAGAUGCUUCACCCUCGCGGAUUCGCCAAGUUCCUCCUUACACUCCUCGUCUUGUCCGGCAUCAACGUCAAUGUCAUUAGCAUUUAUAGUUCCGCCAUCUCCUUCCAGCAACUUGCCCGGCCCUUCGCUCGAAUUCCUCGGUCUCUCUGGACAUUGUUCUGCUUCACCUGUAUCCUUGGCUUGUCAAUUGGUGGCCGGCAAAAGCUGAACGAAUACCUUCAAGACUUCUUGAGUCUGCUGGGAUACUGGUGCACAAGUUAUGCCGUUAUCGUGUUCCAGGAGCAUUAUGUCUUCCGCAAAGGCAACUUUGAUAACUACGAUCUCGAAGGGUGGAACGACCCGGCCAGGCUUCCGUUGGGAAUUGGCGCAAGUGUGGCGUUUGCUCUUGGGAUUGUGGCGUGGUGCAUGGGCAUGGAUGAGACCUGGUAUAUCGGUCCACUUGCUGCGAAGAUUGGAGAUACCGGUGCAGAUGUUGCGAACGAGUUCACAUUCGUUGUGACCGCUGUGACGUAUCUACCCGCAAGAUACUUGGAACUCAAGUACUUCGGUCGAUAA